AUGGGGGCAGAUCAUCAGUCGCUUUUGUUUCAUACACAGGUACGAUGGCUUUCUCGCGGUAAAAUACUUUCCCAAAUUUAUGAGUUGGAAAAUGAGACUGAGAUGUCCUUGCAGUCCCAGGGUUCAGAUUAUGCACAUUUAUUUAAAAAAGAAGAAUGGCUAGCAAAACUUGCAUAUCUGACGGAUAUAUUUGCUCACUUAAAUGAGCUCAAUAGAAAAAUGCAAGGCAGAAAUUCCAAUAUUUUGACAUCGUCGGAUAAAAUUGAAAGCUUUCGCGCUAAAUUGGAACUAUGGAUCAGUCUCGCUACGAAUGGUAAUAAUGAAAUGUUCCCAAAUGUCAUUGCAGCUGACAUAGAACAAAAGGUGCAGGCUUUGAUUGUCAAACACUUAAAGCUUCUUGCAGAGAAAAUGAAUUUCUAUUUCCCUAAGCGUGAUCUGCAACCUAUGGACUGGGUUCGAAAUCCAUUCUCCGAGAACAUUCCUUUCGGCCACUUACCAAUAAAUGAGCAGGAAGAACUGAUGUAA